UUGCGUGAGAACGUGACUUGAAGCUACUUCCGGCCAAUUGGAAUUGUACGAAUAGAUUUACUGUUGUAUUUGUACACAUUAAAAUAACAUAGAAACAUAACACUUGUAGAAAUUAUUUUAAACACUCAAAACACAAGUUAAAACAGCUAUGCCUAAGGUAAGAAGGAGUAAAAAGUCUCCCCCCGAAGGCUGGGAACUUAUUGAGCCAACACUAGAUGAGUUAGAACAAAAAAUGCGAGAAGCGGAAACUGAACCACAUGAAGGAAAGAGGAAAGUUGAGGCUUUAUGGCCAAUUUUCAGAAUUCACCAUCAGAGAUCACGUUAUAUUUAUGAUCUUUUCUACAGACGACAUGCCAUUAGUCGAGAACUCUAUGAAUAUUGUUUACGAGAAGGUAUAGCAGAUAAAAAUUUGAUUGCUAAAUGGAAAAAACAGGGCUAUGAAAAUCUUUGUUGCUUGCGUUGUAUUCAAACCAGGGAUACUAAUUUCCAGACAAAUUGUAUUUGCCGUGUUCCAAAAAGCAAACUAGAAGAGGGCAAGAUUGUGGAAUGUGUACUAUGUGGUUGCCGGGGAUGUUCUGGAUGAUUCUAUUUACAAUUGAAAAAUAACACAGUUUUAGUAGAUGAUCUAAAUGUGACUGGACAACAGAUUUCUCCAUCCUUCUUAAAUAUAUUUUCAUCAACACAUUUUUCAACUUAAACUUCAAUGUCUUCAUUGGAUUUUGGCAUUUUGUUAUAAAUUCUAAAACAUUUUAAGGAAUUUUUUAUAAAACCAAAAGGAUCAACUCAUUAUGUACGAUUAUGUAUGCAAGAGGAUAAAAUUCUGUAUCUUGAGAUUGUCAAUGUCUUACAUCUAAAAUUCAUGGGGUCUUUCUAAAUUCUUGAAUUUUCUUCUCUUCUAGCUCAUACAAUACAUGAUUUUUUUUUUCCCAAAGAAGCUGGUUGAAGUGCUCUUGGUUAUAAUAUUUAAAUAAAGAUAGUAUUAGACUAGUAAAUUCAAUAUCCACUAGCAAAUAUUUUAUUUUAGUUUAAAAUGUUCUUUCACUCUUAAGUUAUUUUGUGAGCCAAAAAAUUAGACUUGUCAUGUAUGGUAGAAUUAUAAGUUGAGAAUAUUAAAAUUUUUACUUUGGUUAUUUAAUAUCCAGAUUGUAAAAAAAAACAGUGAAAAUUUCUCAGUCAAUAUAUGUUAGGUGCAAAAUCAUAAUCUGCUGAAUGAAAACAGUUAUAAAUCCUUCACUCUUUUUCUCCUGUCUGCUCAUCUGGAAAGCUACAUGAUAUUUACACACUUUUUACAACUUCAAUGCCAUUACAGUAGAUGAAAAAAAAAAGAUGACAUUAAACUUGAAUCCUAGAUUGAAGGUAGCAAAUCAGCAGAGUCACUAGAAUGUUAGGUAGAAUGUCUAGCAGUGUUCAUUCCAAAUCUCUGCACACUGAGUUCAAAUCCUACUGAGGCCAACUUUGCAUUUCAAAGUUGAUAAAAAUGAACCAGUCUGGACAGUGCAUUAGUGGAUUGGUGAAACAGUUAGUUGUUGAGCAAGAUACAGAUCUUUUCUAUUUGGCUGCCACUUUGCAAUUUCUUCAAUUUUUGGUCCAAUUGAUUUCAUAUUUGGUGUAUUGCUCUAGUUUUGUAAAGGAAUAAUUGUCAUGAAAUUCAUUUUCACCAUAAAUCAAUAAAUAAAGAGUUAAUAGCUUUUAAAGUUUGCAAACUUUGAGUAAUUUUAGCCAGUCGAAAACCACAGAUGUAAUAGGUGCCUGUUUCCAUAGUAACAAACCACACUGCUUACCAUGUGUUCUUUUUGUCACUUAUUAAAUGCUUAUAACACAUAUGGUAUAAGGUGUGCUAAAAAGGCCUUAAAUUACACACUUUUUUUUUGGCAAGGUUGGGGUGGUUGCAUAAUCAUAUGAAUUCCUGUGUGUAGAAUACAAAUUUGCAAAAAUUCUCUGAAAAUUCCAAAAAAUAAAAAUGCUAUGAGGGAUUAUAUGAUGUGUGUAAAGCAGAAUUCCACCAAUAUUUUAUUUGUUCACAGUUGACAAUAUGUGCAGUCAUGCACACAAUGACAGUCACCAAAUCCUGUUUUCUAACACGAUAAAAAUUAUCAAACUUUAAACCUCUUUAGAUUUAAAAAAAAAAUUUCUGGAAAAAGUGAAUUAUCUCUUGAGAUUCAGCAUGGAAAAUUACAUCAAUGGGCCAAAUUAUAAAAUUUUUACUAAGCUUCAAAAUUUCCACAGAUCUUGUUUCAGCUGUUCACAUUCUGACAGUAAUACCUACAACAACACUGAUCCCAAGCUGUAUUGGCCCAAGUCUGUAACCUUUCACUUGGAUAAACAUUAGUAUUGUGGAGCUGGUAAACCUGCAUGCAUUGACAACUACCAAUCUUCUUCCAGAAGUCUUGCCCAACUCUGUGCAUACAUGUACUGAUGUAUUGUUAACCCUUGCCAAUGGAGGCCCUAUUGUAUAUUUAUUCAGUAUAUUUUCACAAUAAAUCCUAUCAGCUUUAGACUUUUGCCAAAGUUCAUCUGCAGGUUAUUAGAAGAUAAAUAUCCUCUCCUUUUUUGUUAAGUCACAGUUAUGAUCCCAGAAAAAAAAUAUUUAAAAAUAGACAUUCUGAAAGAGAAUCAGAAUGUUUUUUAAAGAGUUAGAUAUUCAAAUAGAUGAGAAACUUUCUAUUCAUCCAAGUUCCUAGUUAACAGGAUAACCAAAUCUUAGUAAUCAGAACUAAUGCCAGCAAAAAGUUUGCUUUUAGUUUUAUGCACAAUUUCAACACUGAUAAUAUCAUUGGUUUCCCUAAAUUAAACACCAAAUCUGGCUUUAUUAAGUAAAACUGGUUGGUAAUUUUCUGUGCUAUUUUAGCAUUAUAAUAAUUUGAAUACAACAAUAUUGUAGGCACAAACUUACAUCAGAUAUUAAUUACAAGUGAAGUGUCAAAUACAAGUUUCUUUGCUAGCCACUUCAUCCUUUCAUUACCAACCUAGCUGAAACCAGCUCUGUGUACAAAUGUCUUGUUUUUCAUAAGUUUUGAAUUAAAAUCUUUCACCAAACCUUA